AACAACAUUAGUCUCAUAGUUCAGUUUCACAGUGGCAUUUCAAUCGUAAACAUGCUUUCUUUUAAGGAAUUGUUUUAAUAUUUUGACGAUAUAGCAAAGUGUAUGAAAUCAAAUUAGAUAAUUUUAUCAACAAAAUAUAUCCAAGUAAUCAGCGCAAUGUCCAAACGCGAUAAAUAUUGUUGGGGAUGCGCAUUGCCACAACAACCAUCGACUGUGAAGAUGCUAAAGUGUGACUGCUGUGUCCGAUCUUUUCACGUAGAAUGUACGAAAGAAAUCGAAGAAGAAGUUGGCACCGAAGGCCGCCAAAACGGUGAAGGCGAUUGGAUUUGUCCACUUUGUCUCAAGUUGAAAGAAGCCAAAGAGACCACAACGAGACAGCAAUUGGACAUGAUACCAGUCAUCGUUGAACAGGGGAGCAAAAAUCUGGCAAUAUCGUCAUCAGGCGAUGACAUCAAAUCGGGUAUUUCUAAAUUGGUAAAUCCAAUUUACUUGCAAAAAAUCAAGGAUAAGGUACAUUCAUACAAGAGCUUCGGUGAAUUCGUUUCUGAGAUUCAAUGGUUGGUUCAUAACUAUCAAAUACUGUAUCCCGGUCGACACAAUAAGCUCAGAGAGGCCAAUCGAUUUCUGACUUAUGUCAAUGCCGAAGUUGAAAGCAUACAAUGUUGCUUCCAAUGCUACAAACACUCACAGAUAGAUCGUCAUCAUUGGUUCACAAUGCUUUGUGACGAACCGCAUCUUUUAGUUUGGGCCUAUAUGAAAAACUUCAGAUAUAUGCCGGCCAAACUAAUGUUAAUCCUCGACGGGAAUCGAGUCACUGUGCGCUUCUUUGGUGGUUACCAUAAACAAGAGGAUGUAGCGACAAAAAACGUUUUCCUCUAUUCUGAAGAGAAUCCAGGAAAGGCACGAACCACAAAGUUUCAAUACAAAACAGCUCUUAAUCAAGCUGAUACAUACAUUGAAGCAAUUAAAAAGAAAUAUGGUUCGUUCCAGUUUGCUCAAUUAAAAACUGUGUUGGAUCCAACACAAAUUGAUCGAUACAUUCGAGAAAUGAUACCAACAAUCGAUAAUUUUCGUCGUCACAAUGCGGUGAUGGUUCCAACGACGAGCAAUAAUAAUGUUGGUAUCGAUGUUAAAGUAGAACCUCAAGGAGAGACGUCCUCGUCGUCGACCAGAAUGGAUCCGUGCAAAAUAUUGACUGUUGAUUUAACGGAAGAGAGUGACAGUGGGGAAGAACAUCAGUUAAGGGACCAAGAAAGUGAUCAAAGCGACGAUGAACCAGUAAUAAAACGAAAGAGAUUGGAUGGUGGAAAUGGUGUCAAGUUGCCAGAUAUGCCAAGCAUUAUUUCAAGUGCAUCUGACAGAUCAAUUGAUGGUCCAAUCAAUAAUGAUCAGAUAAAUGACACUGCCACCGAGCUGAGCGAUCAUAGCACCGAGACAAUGAAUUAUUCAUUCAACGAUGGUUCAACUAAUGAUGAUUUGUACAAUCCAAUGCACGAACCGUCGAUGCAACAAAAUGGCAUGAACGAAUUUAUGAAUGAUGAUCAAGUGAACGAUACCGAGCCAACCGUCGAAGAUGCCGAAAUGACUUCACCGCGAACCUCAAUAAAUGUCUCGCCACAAGACACGCUGCAAAAUGCUUCCAAAGCACACCUUGUCCAAUUGAAUGAAAAGUUGGAGAAGGAUUUGAAAGAAUCAGAGGAGCGGCGUAAAAUUGAAAUUGCAGCAUAUGAAGAGAUAAACAAAAAUCUAAUCAAUCAGAUUGAACAAGCAAAGAUCGACAAUAGCAAUCAAAUAGAAGCAUUGAAAGUAGUACACCAGAACGAAUUGGCCCAAAUGAAAGUGGAACACGAAGAGCAGCUAAGAAAAUCAUCCAAGAAAGUGGAAGAACAAUGGGAAUUAAAGUUGAAGGAUGACCUCCGAAUUGCGAAUGAUGCUCAUAGAUUGGAAUUCAACCGUUUUCGAAAAAAAUAUGUCCAAAUAUGCACGAAUCUCGAACAGGAUGUCGAGAAAUUAAACAAUGAUCGACGUGAAUUAAUUGAUAAACUAAACAGCGAUCAUCAGCACGCUAUGGAACAGGUCAAACAACAAUAUCGACGCUUGAUUGAAGACGCUAAAAACUACAAAUACUGCGCGGUAUGCGAAUCACCUAGAAAAUUGGAUAUGUUUGUAUGUAAUGUGGCGUGUCAACAACAUUUAUGGAAAAACCAACAAACGUCCACGUCUCACGAAAUUUCCAUGUCCCAGCCAUAGAGCCAACUUAUUCACUUCAGUGAAGAGUGAAAGUAGGCAAAAUCGCAAAAACAACUACAACCCUUUUUUUUAGAGAUAAGCUUGAAAGUGAGAUGAAGUGUCGCAGUGUGCUUAAAAUGUAUUUAUUACAAUGUUUGAAAUGUUUAAAACAUAUUCCUUUCUUCAUCGUCAUGUGUAAAAGUUAAACAAUCGUAAUUUGCCAACAAAAACGUUCAUUUAUUAUUAGAAAUAGUAAAAUCGAAUCGAUUUCCGAAAUUAUACAUUGAAUUCCAUGAAGAUGAUCAUGAACCAAACCAAAUUGGUUAAAAUAAACGAA